AUGACGAGUGUGCUACGCAAUGUUUUGAGGAGCCACAAGUUGCUGAAGCUCCCGCUUCUGCACUUGGCUAAACCACAACAAUCGUACGUCUUGUCAAGAAGUUUCCAAACUUCGCUACGUUCAUUCGAUGACUUAAAGCAAAAACAACCGGAAACUUAUGAAGAGGAGAAAGUGAUUAUAGAUGAGAUAAUCAAGAAUCUUCCGGAAGAGGAUAUCAAAGCAUCCAAAAGGAUUAGAAACAUUGGUAUCUCAGCCCAUAUAGAUUCAGGUAAAACUACAUUUACUGAACGUGUUUUAUUCUACACUGGAAGAAUCAAAGCGAUCCACGAAGUUAGAGGUCGUGAUUCAGUUGGAGCCAAAAUGGACCAUAUGGAUUUGGAAAGGGAGAAAGGUAUCACUAUUCAAUCAGCAGCUACUUACUGUUCAUGGGACAAGGACGACAAAUCAUACCAUUUCAACUUGAUCGACACACCAGGACAUAUUGAUUUCACAAUUGAAGUGGAAAGAGCUUUACGUGUUUUGGAUGGUGCCGUUUUGGUUGUUUGUGCAGUUGCUGGAGUUCAAUCACAGACAGUCACUGUUGAUAGACAAAUGCGUCGUUACAAUGUUCCCAGAGUUACUUUUAUCAACAAGAUGGAUCGUAUGGGUGCUAAUCCAUGGAGAGCCAUUGAACAAAUUAACUUAAAAUUGAAAAUGCCUGCUGCUGCCAUUCAAGUUCCUAUUGGUGCUGAAGAUGAAUUGAAAGGUGUUGUCAAUAUCAUUGAUCGUGUUGCCUUGUACAAUGAAGGUUCACAAGGUGAAACUAUCAGAACUGCUGAAGUACCUGAAGACUUGAAGGAAUUGGUGGAGGAGAAAAGAGCAUUAUUGAUUGAAACGUUGGCCGAUGUUGAUGAAGAAAUGGCUGACAUAUACUUGGAAGGUGAAGAACCAACCCCUGAACAAAUAAAGGCAGCAAUAAGACGUGCAACUAUUGGAAGAAAGUUUACUCCAGUGCUCAUGGGUUCAGCUUUGGCAAACAGAGGUAUUCAACCAGUGUUGGACUCCGUUGUUGACUACUUGCCACAACCCAACGAGAUUUUAAACACUGGUUUGGAAGUUCAUAAAGAUGGAAGUGAAACUCCAGUUAACUUGAUUCCAUCCAGUGCUGCACCAUUUGUAGGAUUGGCAUUCAAGUUGGAAGAAGGUCCAUACGGUCAAUUAACCUAUAUCAGAGUGUAUCAAGGUAAGUUGAAAAAGGGUGCUUACAUGACUCACAUCAAGACAGGUAAAAAGGUUAAAGUUUCCAGAUUGGUGAGAAUGCAUUCCAACGAUAUGGAGGAUGUGGCUGAAGUUGGAAGUGGUGAGAUUUGUGCCACUUUUGGUAUUGACUGUGCUUCAGGAGAUACCUUUAUUGGCCAAGGAUCGUCGCAACAAAUUGCCAUGAGUUCCAUGUUUGUUCCUGAAGCCGUUAUCUCUUUGAGUAUUGCACCCAAAUCCAAAGAUAAUGGUGCGUUUUCGAAAGCCAUGAAUAGAUUCCAAAAAGAGGAUCCAACAUUCAAAGUUCAUUACGAUUCUGAGUCGAAAGAGACAAUCAUUUCUGGAAUGGGAGAGUUGCAUUUGGAAAUCUACGUUGAAAGAAUCAAGAGGGAGUACGGAGUUGAUUGCGUCACUGGUAAACCUCAAGUUGCUUAUAGAGAAGCCAUCACAGCUCCUGCCAACUUUGAUUUCACUCACAAGAAGCAAUCUGGUGGUGCUGGUCAAUAUGGUAGAGUUGUUGGUGAAAUGAAGCCCGUUGAAGGUGAAAACAAAUUUGAGACCCAGAUUGUUGGAGGAAAAAUUCCCGAAAAGUUUUUGCUAGCAUGUAACAAAGGAUUUGAUGACUGUUUAGAAAAAGGUCCAUUGAUUGGACACAAGGUCUUGGGGGUGAAUAUGCUCAUCAAUGAUGGUCAAACACAUGUUGUUGAUUCUUCCGAAUUGGCGUUUAGAACUGCAACACAAGGUGCUUUUAGACAAGCUUUCCUCAAUGCUUCACCAGUGAUUUUGGAACCAAUUAUGAAUGUGGAAAUCACUGCACCAAAUGAGUUCCAAGGUUCAGUUGUUGGUUUGGUUAAUAAGUUGGGUGGUAUGAUUAAUGAGACCGUCAAUGGACAAGAUGAAUUUACUGUUACUGCCGAAUGUUCAUUAAACUCAAUGUUUGGAUUCUCCACUAGUUUAAGAGCAUGUACUCAAGGUAAAGGAGAAUUUUCACUUGAAUUCCUCAAAUAUUCUCAAACGAGCCCACAAUUGCAAAAACAAUUGAUUAGUGAUUACGAAAAGGCCCAAGGAAACAAAAAGUAA